UUCCUACUUUGGUUAAGGUAUAAAUGUCAUUAGAAGUGGUGCUGGAGUAUUCAAUUGGAUCUGCAACUCACAAUGAAAGGAAUAAUUGCAUCAUUGGUCAUCUUGUACGCGGCCGUUGGGCGGGCCCAAUUAGAAGAAUGCCCGAAAGAACAGGAAGCCAACGGGGACGUUCCAGUGCUGCUCAAACAUAAAGAUUGCGACAAAUUCUUUUUAUGUAGGGGCGAGGGCGAGGGCGUUGAGAUGAAUUGCCCGUCAGGCCUUUUCUUUAACAAGAAAACAAUGAUCUGUGACUGGCCAGAAAACGUAAAUUGUGAGGGCCGUAAUAUUCCUGUGGUGAGUAACUCCACCACCACCACCACCACCUCCACCGUACCUCCAAUUGAAAUACCUGACGAGUUCUUGCCCAAUGGAUGCCCUGCGAACCCUCGUAUCCACUGGCUGCUGCCUCACCAAACUGACUGUAACGCCUUCUACUACUGCGUCUGGGGAGGACGGGUAAUGAGGAACUGUCCACCUACUUUACAUUUCAACAGAAAGCUUCAGAAGUGGUGCUGGAGUAUUCAAUUGGAUCUGCAACUCACAAUGAAAGGAAUAAUUACAUUAUUGGUCAUCGUGUACGCGGUAGUGGGGCGGGCCCAAUUAGAAGAAUGCCCGAAAGAUCAGGAAGCCAACGGGGACGUUCAAGUGAUGCUCAAACAUGAGGAUUGCGACAAAUUCUUUAUAUGUACUUCGGGCGAGCCCAUUGAGAUGACUUGCCCGUCAGGCCUUUGGUUUAACAUGAACACACGGCACUGUGACUUGCCAGAAAACGUAAAUUGUGAAGGCCGUAAUAUUCCUGUGGAGAGUAGCUCCACCACCAGCACCACCACCACCACCACCUCCUCCCCCACCAUACCUCCAAUUGAAAUACCUGACGAGUUCUUGCCCAAUGGAUGCCCUGUAAACCCUCGUAUCCACUGGCUGCUGCCUCACGAAACUGACUGUAACGCCUUCUACUACUGCGUUUGGGGAGGACUGGUAAUGAGGAACUGUCCACCUACUUUACAUUUCAACAGAAAGCUUCAGAAGUGGUGCUGGAGUAUUCAAUUGGAUCUGAAACUCACAAUGAAAGGAAUAAUUGCAUUAUUGGUCAUUGUGUACGCGGCCGUUGGGCAGGCCCAAUUAGAAGCAUGCCCAAAAGAACAGGAAACCAAUUGGAAUAUUCAAUUGUUGCUCAGACACGAUGAUUGCGAAAAAUUCUAUCAAUGUACUUUGGGCGAGCCCAUUGAGAUGAAUUGCCCGGCAGGCCUUUGGUUUAACCUACAAACAUGGGAAUGUGACUGGCCACAAAACGUAGAUUGUGAGGGCCGUAAUAUUCCUGGGCAGGCAUCAGAGGAUUCGAAUGAAAAUGAAUAUUUUACGACUUCGACUACGACAACUGAAGAUCCCAUCCCAACUACAACAACUGAAGAUCCCAUCCCAACUACAAAAUUGCCAACUACCACCAGCAGCACCACCACCACCACCACCACCCCCAGCACCACCACCACCCCCAGCACCACCACCACCCCCAGCACCACAACCACCCCCAGAACCACCACCACUACCAGAACCACCACCACCAUCUGGACCGUACCUCCAAUUGAAAUACCUGACGAGUUCUUGCCCAAUGGAUGCCCUCUGAACCCUCGUAUCCACUGGCUGCUGCCUCACGAAACUGACUGUAACGCCUUCUACUACUGCGUCUGGGGAGAACUGGUAAUGAGGAACUGUCCACCUACUUUACAUUUCAACAGAAAGCUUCAGGUUUGCGACUGGCCUUGGGCUGCCGGAUGCCCAGCUACAUUCAACAAACAUUUGACAUCCAGGCUAUUACUGAGAUAAUUUUACCCGAAGACCACAAUAAUUAAAACGAAUUUAAACAAGACAAUGUGAAAAUAAUUUAUACUUAAUUUUUUGCAUAUUUUAUACUCUACAACAUUUUCUAUGAAUAAAAUCUAAGCAAGCUAAUUAAA